AUGUAUGCCGAGAGCCACGUGUCGCCAAGGAAGCCCCUGGCUCAUGCUUCGGGUGGCGCGUGCCCUGUUCUGCAACGCGCGCUCACAGGCAUCAUCGAUCGCAUCGCCAAAGCACCUCGAAUUCCGGGCGCUUCACAACUUGACCCGCUCGCUUAUUACUGCACCGUUACGGACACUGUACACAUUGCCGCCAACCCAUACUCGACGGGAACUAGAAACGACGUCUCACUCGCUGCUACACACCAGCCUCUCAAUCUCACAGAAGGUGAGCACUUUUUUGAGAUCUAGAGACUGGCGCCGCUGUGCUUGACCCGCCUUGUGACGACUUCGUAAGCUAAUCGAUGAGGCUCUCACCUUUCACAGUCAAUAUGUCCGCCGUGUCCGAGCUUUGCCCGGUGUACGCACCCUUCUUCGGAGGUGAGCCAUAGCAUCAGACGCCUUGAGAGAGGUCAAGUGGUCUAUGCUGACGUCGCUCCUCUCUUGUGCGCGUAGCGAUGGGCUGCACUGCCGCCAUCGUCUUCACCUGUGAGUAAGCAAAGCCCACUCUGCGCAAUGGGUCGACAGCUUCUCACACGCCUCCCAACUUAUCGUUGUCCUGCUGGCUUCAGGCUUGGGUGCUUCUUACGGUACCUCCAAGUCUGGUGUCGGUAUCAGCGCCAUGGGUGUGCUGCGUCCCGACCUGCUCAUCAAGUGUAUCAUUCCAGUCAUCAUGGCUGGUAUCAUUGCCAUUUACGGUCUCGUCGUCUCCGUCUUGAUCAGUGGUGACAGUGAGUAGCACAUUGCGGAUGACUUGUACGAGACGUGCUCGCUGACACCGAUUUCGGCUAUGCCCUCCUCGGCUUUUUCGUGCAGUCAAAUCCCCCAUGUCCCUCUAUGCUGGAUUCAUUCAACUUGGAGCUGGUCUGAGUGUCGGUCUGGCUGGUCUGGCCGCUGGCUUUGCCAUCGGAAUUGUUGGAGAUGCUGGUGUACGCGGUACGGCACAACAGCCGCGUCUGUUCAUUGGCAUGGUGAGUGGGCACGGAGAGGUGUGGGGAAAAGCUGGCACUACCAGCGUUGCAAUGCUGCAAAGAGGCUCGCGAUGGGCGAUCGAGAUGCGUGCUCGGUGGCCGUCAAGAGCUCGACAGCAAGGAGUAGUAGCGCUCUGCUAGUAUGGAGGGGUUGCGCGAGGCCCAGCAUGGAUGACGAGCAAAGUACUAACAUCCCGCCGCGCUUACCCGCUCUCGCCAAAGAUUCUUAUUCUCAUUUGUAAGUCUGCAUUGGUUCUGUCUGCUACCAGAGCACCAGCUGAUGCUCCAUGCCUUCUUGCGCCCUCUUGCGACGAAACAGUCGCCGAAGUGUUGGGUCUGUAUGGACUCAUCGUUGCCCUGAUUCUCAACACCCGUACCCAAGACGCGCCUCCCGUGAGUCAUCUGGUGGCUUGAUAUUCUCUCGCGGGACAAGAACGAUCUUCUGACUUCUUCAUUACAUCACGCAGUGCUAA